ACUUGUAGAGAACACAAGACAACUAGAAGCGAGAGGAAGCACAAGGAGACUAGCGCUGGAAAAGAAGAUUAAUUUUGUCAAAGGAUUGAAUAAGAGAUUAACAAGUAAUUGCCAUGGCAGAAGAGUACUUUCAAGGCGAGGUUUGUGGAGGAAACUGGUGGAAUUCGUCCAGAAAUAUUUUUGGUCCUUCCCCGUGUUCAUCCAAUAUCAAUGAAAUCGCAAACUUUGAAUGUCCUAAUGACAUGAUUAUGGACAUGAGUACAAGGUCUAACGAUGACUCAAGUUCGCCUUCUGAUGGCUCUAUAGUACUCCAAGAUGUUCAAAAACCUCAGCAACCAGACUCAGAAUUCAUUACCAAGGCCAAGGGCAACAUAUCGAUUGGUUCAACCCUACAGAUGAUGGGUUUUGAAAUUUCAUCAUCAACACCUGAUCUUUGGAACCAAGAUAUAUUACCUGAAAAUGGAAGAAUAUCGCAGGGAAAUUGUGCUCAUAUACUACAAGAAAACUUGAAUUCAAGCAUCAAUUAUCUGCCCCAAACUGGGGUGAGCUGUCCACAGAUCCAAAAGGACUGGAAUUCCAAGAACUGGGGACAAGUUUCUUCCGUUAACACUUCAUCGUUGUUGAAAUUUUUAUUUGAUACAGACUCUCAGCCUCAUAAUUUGUCGUUAGAAAACCAGGCAAUGAACUAUCAAUCUCCUACAAGUGACCAGAUGAAUGAAUUUGCACCUUAUUUUCCCCAGCUCUCUCCUUUGACAAAGCCUUCUUUGCCAUAUAACCAACCUGCUAAUCAUUUACGGUUCUAUAAUAACAUACCACUGUUGAAUGCCAAGGCUGCAUCUGUAAAUGAUAUUCGAGCAAGUUUACUCCAUUCAACACAAUCCCAGUUCACCCCAUCAAAUAUAAACGCGAAACCUAAUCUUCACGAGGGUGUACAUAGAGAAACACAAGGGUUAAGCUCAGCGGCAAAGAAAACUAGCAGCCAACCUGCAUUAAAGCGUUCUCGAAUUGAAACACCAUCGCCAUUACCAACCAUUAAGGUCCGAAAAGAGAAGCUAGGGGACAGAAUCACUGUCCUCCAACAGUUGGUUUCACCUUUCGGAAAGACUGAUACAGCUUCAGUUCUCCAUGAAGCAAUUGAAUGUAUCAAGUUUCUUCAUGAUCAAGUGAAUGUAUUAAGCACUGCCUACGUGACAAAUGGAUCGUCUGUAGAACAUCAACAGGCUGCCGAUAAAUUUUCUGCCGAAGGAGGGUCAAAACAAGACUUAAAAAGCCGAGGACUUUGCCUUGUGCCAAUGUCAAGCACGUUCCCAGUCGCUGCUGAGACUGCAACAGACUUCUGGACGCCUACCUUUGGAGGAACAUUCAGGUAGAGACAAGCAAAAGAAAUUCCAAGAAUAUUUUGGCUAAUACUAUAAUUAAAAUCCUUGUCAAUCUGGAAAGCUGGAUGAAGACAGCCAAUGCUGGGCCAUUCAUGCAGGGAAGAGAAUGAUUAGGAACGAGAAAUUAAAACUAAAGAUAUGGGUUGUAAUCAAUAAUUUCCGGGUUAUAGUUAGGGUUAGGUUUAUUAGGGACAGGAACAGGUGCUAAAUUUAGCUGAAUUUGGAUUAGUUUAGGGGACUAUGCAUUGUUGGUCUGAGCUGAAUUUAGCAGAUUUCUAGGGGUUUUUGUUCCUGUUUCUAUGUUUCUAUAUAUUUCAUGUAGGGUGCCACCUCCUUUUGAUUAA